AUGGACCAAGGGAUCUUGGUGGUAGACUAUUUGUCCAUAAAGGAAGAUGUGUCUACCCUCGAGAUACCAUACGAUGAAGUCCCUCCCCUGCAAAUUCCAUAUGACUUCUCUCAGUUAACUCUAUCGACAAAUCCUGUUACUCUAAUCAUAAUAACAGUUCCCACACCAUUCCCAUAUGUUGACACCAAGGCAGUCCCAUGGAUGUAUGACACCUCAGUCUACAUUCAUGGUCAGAAGAUUCUAGAAAAAUCGUUAAAGUCUAGUGAUCCAAUGAUCAAUAUCACCGGCACUAGCGGAAUCACGAGAAGUGGAAGGAUAUUUGCACCAACACCCACUCCAAUUGGAACUAUCAAUCCUUCAACUUCAGACAAAGGCAAACAAAUUGAUGGUGCUCAGCAAAGAUAUUACCCCGCACCUUCCAAUGAAGUAGACGAGUUCUUACGCAUUAUCAAGAAGAGCGAUUAUCGAGUAGUUGAUCAGCUUAACCAGACACCCUCGAAGAUCUCAAUGUUGUCUUUAUUAAUAUGCUCGGCGGCCCAUAGGGAUGCUUUGGUAAAAUUCAUGAGGACAGCUCACGUACCGCAAGAGAUAUCUAUUUGUCUGUUUGAAGGAGUAGUUAACAGUCUCACUACUAGCUUAAGCUUGGUCCUAUCAAGAGUUUUGGUAGACAGUGGGUCUUCCCUCAAUGUGAUGCCUAAGAGAUCCUUUGCUAAACUAACUGUUGAAGGACUCGUAAUGAAGUCGAGUGAGCUUAUAGUAAGAGCAUUUGAUGGGACUAGAAGGACUGUAAUCGGCGAGGUGAAUUUGCCUAUGAAGAUUGGUCCCCAUACUUUCCUUAUCACUUUCUUCGUAAUGGAUAUCUAUCCAGCCUACAGUUGUCUUCUUGGGAGGCCUUGGAUCCAUUCAGCCGGUGCAGUCACUUCAACGCUCCACCAAAAAUUGAAAUUCUUAGCUGAUGAUAAACUAGUUGUUAUCGAGGGUGAGGAGGACAUUAUGGUAAGUCACCUCACAUAUUUCCGAUACGUUGAAGGAGAAGGGGAGAUGAGGGAAAUCCCAUUCCAAUCAUUUGAAGUUAUCAAUGUUGAAAUGGUUUUCCCAGCAAGGGAUGAAUCAAAAGAUGCCGAAUCUCCAAUGGCAUCCCUUAAAGACGCCCUGACAAUCAUAAAGGAUGGACACCCCCAAGGAUGGGGAAGAUUGCUUGAACUUCCUGCCAACAAGGACCGCACCGGUUUAGGGUACAACUCCCAGAAUUUGAAGAAGACCGCACCGAUAGCUACAAGGGGAUCAGUGCUCCCGCUAUCCGAAAACUUCUCAAGUGCUGGUUACCUUGAUGACAACCGUAUCUGUGCCGUGGAAGAAGAAGAAGAAGAAGACGAUGGAUUGAUCUUCACAAAGACUGAUGGAAAUGGUGCCACCAAAUGGACCGAGAUUGAAAUACCUAAAGUGACCUUGAUUGAAAUAUAA